GCCGGAUGCACCUCCGCGGCGGCGCCUGCGCACUGGGCGCCGUCUGGCGGAAGCGGCGGGGAGGCGAUGGCGGGGGCGCGGCGCGGCGCGGCGCUCCUCGCCGGGGUGGGCGGCGGUUGCCGGGCGGGUUCGUGCCGCGCCGCGACGCCCGCGGCCGCGCGCAGAGGUUUUGCUGCCACAGCUCUUAGAAGAUCGUAUGAUGUGAGAAGAGUUGAAAUCACUCCCCUGGAACAGAGGAAGGUAACUUUUGAUACCCAUGCCUUAGUGCAGGAUCUGGAAGCCCAUGGCUUUGGGAAGGAACAAGCGGAGACCAUUGUAUCGGCACUAAUUACUCUGUCAAAUGUCAGCUUAGACACAGUCUACAAGGAUAUGGUGACCCAGGCUCAGCAGGAAAUAACUUUACAGCAGAUAAUGGCACAUUUGGACUCCAUUCGAAAAGAUAUGGUCAUCCUGGAGAAAAGUGAAUUUGCAAACUUGAGAGCAGAGAAUGAGAAAAUGAAAAUUGAAUUAGAUCAAGUUAAACAACAGCUAAUGAAUGAAACAGGUAAAAUACGAGCUGACAGCAAGCUAGAUAUAAACCUGGAAAGAAGCAGAGUGACAGAUAUGUUUACAGAUCAAGAAAAGAAACUCAUGGAAGCAACUACAGAGUUUCAUAAGAAAGAUUCAAGUACCAACAGUGUUAUCUCAGAAAUCAGUAAUAAAAUUGACACUGAAAUAGCUUCCUUAAAAACACUUAUGGAAUCUAAUAAACUGGAUACAAUACGUUAUUUGGCAGCUUCAGUAUUCACUUGCCUAGCAAUAGCACUGGGAUUUUAUAGAUUCUGGAAAUAGAUCUGAAUGGAAUGAUUGCAUCAAAUAUAGAGGUCACCGUGCAACAUCUGCCAGACUGUCAUGUUUGAGGUGUAGAUAAUCUUGGUACCCUUUUGUUUUGAUAUUCUUCUUGUGCACUAAAAAUGUUUUCUGAAUAGGUAACACUAAAGAUCAAAACAAUGGGGGUGGGGGGAGUAGGUAACUUCAUAGUAAUACUUCUUUGUCCCUUAUUCAGUAAUUUAUUUCAAGAACUUUCUACAUUAAAUCAGAAAGUAUUUCCUAAUAUGUUUCAGAAUUAAUUUUGUUCUGUCUGCCAGACUCCAGCAGAUCUACUCUGAUCCAGCUGAGUACUCUAAUCUUAAAUAUAGGAGCUGGACAUUUCUUCAAUCCAUUACUCUUUACUGAUGGGUUGAAGCAUGGCCCCUUGGUAAUAUAUAUAAACACACGCUCCCAGGCUUUUCGUAAAGAAUCCUCUUUUUCUUGAAAAGUGGUUUACAUAGAUUUAAAAUCUUAUUUAAAACUAAGAUGUCUCUGUACAUUUUUUUUAAUGCCUUUUACCCAUACUUCCAGAGGCCAACAGAAUAAGGGGACCUAUUCUGUAUCUCUCUCUUUGCAAAUGGAGAUGUUCUCACAGUGUAGAGCCUUGGGCAGAUAAAUGUUCAUAACUCCUCCCUUCAAGUAAUACAAAGUAUUUCCAAUAAAUCCUCAUGUAUAUUCUGUGUAGGAUCUGACUUCUAAUGUGACUAUACUCAACAUCUCAAAUAAAGGUGCCAGUGUGGUGGUGGUCCUUCUCCUCCCAGGCUGACACUUCUCUGGAGUGUUUUGUAAUCCCAUGGAAAUAAAUGGGCCACACUGACUUCUAAACCAACCUGUGACGACGGUCCCUCUACCUUCUGCAAGCACUUCAUGACUUUGAUUGCCGAGAUGGAACAUAAUGGGUGGAUAUCUUCCAAAACUGAAGCAGUCACACUUUGCUGAGUACAAAUGCCUAUGCUUAGUUUGAGUCUUCUAUUAAAAUACAAAUUCUUCCUGGAUUAAACUUUACUGAAAGAAUAGGCCUUUAAUGGGCUAUAGAGCAUAAAAUUUUGAAUAGUGACAAUAUUCUUUUCUAUUGCAGUUUUAUUCUCUUUACAGUUGAAUUUGCUGAGACCCUGCAAAUUCUUAUAUUCUGUGCAUGAAAUUAUGUAUUUAAACAUUUUCAUUUAAGAAAAUAAAAUGAAUUUGUUACA